GAGAAGGCCAUCUCCGAGCCCAACUUCAGCGUGGCCUACGCCAACAUGUGCCGCUGCCUCAUGGGGCUGAAAGUGCCUAUGGCGGAUAAGCCCAACGUCACUGUGAACUUCCGGAAGCUCCUGCUGAACCGCUGCCAGAAAGAGUUUGAGAAGGACCAGGACGACGACGAGAUCUUCGAGAGGAAGCAGAAGGAGCUGGAAGCUGCCACCGAGGAGGAGGUGCAGCAGCGCCUGAAGGAGGAGCUGGAGGAGGCCAAGAACCAGGCGCGGAGGCGGUCGCUAGGCAACAUCAAGUUCAUCGGGGAGCUGUUCAAGCUGAAGAUGCUGACGGAGCCCAUCAUGCACGACUGCGUCGUCAAGCUGCUCAAGCACCACGACGAGGAGAGCCUGGAGUGCCUGUGCCGCCUGCUGUCCACCAUCGGCAAGGACCUCGACUUCGAGAAGGCCAAGCCGCGGAUGGAUCAGUACUUCCACCAGAUGGAGAAGAUCAUCAAGGAGAGGAAGACCUCCUCCAGAAUCCGCUUCAUGCUGCAGGACGUGCUGGACCUCCGACGGUGUGGCUGGGUGCCCCGGCGUGGAGACCAGGGUCCGAAGACCAUCGAGCAGAUCCACAAGGACGCGGAGCUGGAGGAGGCCCGGGAGCAGGUGAAGGUGCAGCAGCAGCUGCUGUCCAAGAAGGAUGGCCGAGGGGGGGGCCCCGGGGGGCCCAGGGGGGGGCCGCACUCGCACGCGCCCAGCGGCGGCCGCUCAGCCAACCCCGCGCCAGACGAGGGCUGGAACACCGUGCCCAUCUCCACCAAGAACCGCUCCAUCGACCCCACACGCCUCACCAAGAUCACCAAGCCCGGAGCGCUGGACCUGAACACCACGCUGCUGGCCCCGGGGGGUAAAGGAAUGUGGGGCAGCUGGGGCAAAGGAAGCAGCGGAGGCACUGGAACCAAACCCAGCGACGCCGCUCAGGACUCUGCUCGUACCAGCACUGUGAAUCGUUUCUCAGCGCUGCAGCAGCCUUCAUCAUCAGCACCAGAACCAGACAGGAGAGCCCCGCAGAGGAACAGUUCCAGUCGGGAGCGAGGAGAUCGUUUUGAUCGUUUCGAUCGGCGUGAGGAGCGGAGUGUGGACCGUCAGCGUGACGACCGUAACCGUGACGACCGUAACCGUGACGAUCGUCCCCGCGCGCCCAUGAGCAAGCGCAGCUACAGCCGCGAGAGAGACCAGCGGCCCGCAGACGCCAUGCGCCGCGUCGCCAGCGGCAACAACCAAUCAGAGCGCGGGAGCCGCGAGAGGGGCGGGAGCAAAGAGAGCGUGAAGCGUGAAACUGCCCCCACCCCUCCUCCUGCCCCGACUAAACCAGCUCUGAGUGAAGAGGAGAUGGAGAAGAAGUCCAGCGCCAUCAUCGAGGAGUACCUCCACAUCAACGACCUGAAGGAGGCUCUGCAGUGUGUGUGUGAGCUGCAGUGCCCGUCUCUGCUGGGUGUGUUUGUGCGCGUUGGCAUGGAGGCGACUCUGGAGAGGAGCGCUGUGGCGCGGGAGCACUUGGGCACACUCCUCCAGCAACUCAUCAAAGCAGGCACGCUCAGCACACAGCACUACUACAAGGGUCUCCAUGAGAUCCUGGAGGUGGCUGAGGACAUGGCCAUUGACAUUCCCCACAUCUGGCUGUACCUGGCUGAGCUCAUCGCCCCCAUGCUGCAGGAGGGAGGCAUCCCCAUGGGCCCGCUCUUCAGGGAGGUGGCCAAGCCUCUGCAGCCCAUGGAGAAAGGAGGAGUCAUGCUGGCUGAGAUCCUCAACGUGCUCUCUAAAGCAAUGAGUCAUAGGAAGAUAGCAGCUAUGUGGCUGGAGGCGGGACUUAACUGGAGGGACUUCCUGCCGGAGGACGAAGACGUCAACAAGUUUGUGACUGAAAAGGCGGUGGAGUACACGGUGGGGGAGGAGGUGUGUGUGAGGGGAGCUGAGCUGCGGAGUCCUCAGCAGCUGAGAGAGGAGCUGGAGCGCCUCCUGCUGGACAAACCAGACAACCAGCGCCUCUACGACUGGGUGGAGGCGAACGUGGAUGAGAAGCAGGUGCUGUCCAGUGCGUUUGUGAGAGCGUUGAUGAUCGCCGUGUGUCAGGCUGCAGUCAUCUGUGAGAAGCCGUAUAAGGUGGAUGUGGAUGAGAUCAAGCAGAGAGCCGUGGUGCUGCAGCGCUACCUGAAGGACGAGGAGAAGGAGCUGCAGGCCCUCUACGCCCUCCAGAGCCUCAUGGUGCAGCUCGAGCAACCGCCCAACCUGCUGCGGAUGUUCUUUGACGUUCUGUACGACGAGGACGUGAUCCGCGAGGAGGCGUUCUACCGCUGGGAGAGCAGCAAGGACCCGGCGGAGCAGGUGGGCAAGGGCGUCGCCCUCAAGUCCGUCACCGCCUUCUUCACCUGGCUACGGGAGGCCGAGGACGAAUCAGACAACAGCUAGAGACAGGCCCCGCCCCCCCCCCCCCAGCGCUGCGGAAUGCUGGCGUGCGGAGGAGGAGGAGGAGGAGGAGGAGGAGGAGGAGGAGGAGAGUGUGUGUGUUGCGGCGCAGGCGAGGGGAGAGUGUGUGUUGAAUGUGUUUCUGAAGCUGCCUUGAGAACAACGCCACGCAGCCUCACAGGGGGGGAGCCCCAGCACUGCAGUGCAUUCUGGGAAAAUAGACUCUCUUUCCCUCUUCCUUUAGUUUCCUCUCUUUCUCUCGCGCUCUCUCUCUCUCUCUCCCUCUCCUCGAUGUCCUGUUGCCAUGGGAAUCGCCGGAUAGCGUGUCAAUGGCAACCGAAGAGUGUGUGUGUGAAAGAAAUGCUGCUCAAAUCUUUAUUUUUCAGAAAUGGUGUGGAUGGGAUUCUCUGUGUGUGUGUGUGUGUGUGUGACAGACUUCUGCAGUGUGACUUCCUGGUUUUCACACGUGGGAAGGAUAUGCUAAUGAGGACAGCAAUGGGAAGCUGUGAUUGGCUCCUGUUAACUUCCUGUCUGCAGAGUGACAGGAGGGGCGAGGCCAACAGAGGAUGUGAACUUUGACCUUUGUCUGCUGAGUGGGCAGUGCUGUCCACUGCUCGUCAUCCCUCCUUCUCAGAGGAAGGAAGAGAAGAGAAGAGAGGAGGAGGCAGGGAAAAGAAGGAGUAUGAGACACUAAUGUCUCAACUUGAAAUCCUCUCCUAUGGCCACUGGGACUCGUGUGUGUGUGUGUGUGUGUGUGUGUGAGGAGAAACGACUUCUUGCUUUUCUUCUGAAAGCGCUUAACCACCCCACUUGUUCUCCACACUCGUUCUUCACCAUCCCUCUCUCCCUCCCUCUCUUCCAUGGCCGAGGGAGAGGGGGAGGCACCCCGUUUAUUGAUUACAAAUUGAAUCACAUUUUUGUAAAUAAUUUUUUGUUUUGUUUUCUGUUUGAGCUUUUCUUUCUGAAGUAUUUAAUGAAGAGAAAACUAAUGGCUUCUUUACACCGCUCUGGACUGGACAACAAAUAAAUAACAUUGCAGUUAAAAAGCA